AUGUCCCCCUCCCCCUCCACUACCCGUCUCCCCAUGAAAAUCGCCAUAAUUCUCUACCCCUCCUUCCAACUCCUCGACGUCGCCGGCCCCCUCGAUGCCCUAAACAUCCUCUCCUACACGCAUCCCCUCACCCUCUCCAUCGUCGCCGCCUCCCUAACCCCCAUCUCAACUCAAACAGCCGCCGGCACGCAGCGCGGCAGCGUGUUCGCUCAAUCCAUCGUGCCGACGCAUACGUUUGAGACAGCUCUGUGGGAUUGGGAUGUUGUGAUUGUAAAAGCCCGUCACCCAAACGUUGACUGGAUCGCCAAAGCGCGCUGGGUCGUCGACGGCAGAUACUGGACUAGUUCCGGUGUUUCAGCAGGCAUGGAUCUGACAUACGCAUGGAUAGGCUAUGUGUUUGGAGAGGACAUGGCACAAGAUAUCGCAGAUCGGAGUGAGUAUGUUAGAAACACUGAUGCGGGCGAUGACGGCGGGUUUGCCGCGAGGUGGGGUGCUGUAUAA